AUGAGUCAUCAACAAAGAAAGAAGAAUAAUCAUCAAUUUGAAGAUUCAGAUCUUUUACUUAAUGAUAGUGAUUCAGAUGUAGAAAAAAUCUCACCAAAAAAACCAUCUGACAAAUUCGAAAGAACACAAAGAAGUCAAAAGAUUGCGACUCAAUCAAAAAAAGGUGAUCUUACACCUGAAGAAACUAAUUUAUUAGUAAAUGAUAUAAUGAGAAAGGUAUUGGCUUAUCAAGUGUCAAAGAAAAUAUUAACACGUGAUGACAUUUCAAAAACUGUUUUUGCAAAAUACAAAAUAAGUCCAAGAAAUACAUUUAAAAGUUGUAUGGAAGAAGCCUCUAAUAGACUAAAAAAACAAUUUGGAUUUGAAUUAAAAGAAAUUAAAAGUGGUAAUUCAGGAAAAUCUGUUUACAUUCUUCUUGAUGGAAUUCAAGAAAUUGAAGAACCAAAGACAUAUGCAGUAGAAGGAAUGACUAAUUCUAUGAUUAUUCAACAAUCAAUCACAUUUAUAAUACUUUCAUUAACAAUGCUUAAUGGAGAAGCAAUAUUUCAAGAAGUUUUAGUUCAAUAUUUAAGAACGUUAGACAUAUGUUCUGUUCCAGAACAACCGUCAUUAGAAUUUUUUAUUGAUAAAGUAUUAACAAAACAAGGGUAUUUAAGAAGGAUUAUUAUUCAAAAUGAUAAUGGAUCAAAAACAAUAAAAUAUUCUUUAGGUGUUCGUACUUAUGCAGAACUUGGUAAAGAUAUGUUAUAUUCAAAAAUUGCUCAAAUACAUGGGGAAGAAUUAGGUGAAAGUGAACGUUCUAUGUUUAAAAAAGAAACUGAAAGAUUUUUAACAGAAAAUUAUGAUGAAGUUGAAGAUGCUAACUUACUUGAUAAUGACGAAACAAUAUAA